AUGUUUGGGGAUGCCGGACAUGAGAACGAUUCCGAUUUGAAUAUUAAUCCAUCUAUUUCAAAUAAUCCACCGGGAUCUCAAUCGAUUUUAACUAAAGAUUCAGAUAAUUUUUCGAAUUCAGUCUUCUCGCAAUCGAAAAAGACUUUUUCAACAAAUCAAUCAUCUUAUAAAUCUCAAGAUAGUAAAACUAAAGUUAGUAAUUCUUCGAAAUCUUUUAAUAAUUUUGAUUAUGGUCAGCCAUUACAAAUUUUGGAUAUACCAGAAGAAAGUAAUGAGGAUUAUAAUUUUCAAGAAUUGAUGAUUGAAAAACUCCAUACUCUUUAUCAAGAUAUCUCCUUUAUUAUUAAUCAGUAUGAUAAUUCGUCAAUCAAUUUAUCUUCAGCCGUAAUUAAUAUAAUUGAUUGUUUGAAAAAAUUAUCAAGUUUCAUCGAUGGUCUCUCAGAAGUUGAAGAAAUGAACUUCUCAACUUAUAAUAAUGAUGAUUUAAGAAAAAUUAUGAAAAUUUUCCUUCAUUUUUAUGAUCAUUUACUUAAUGAUGAAGUUUAUGUGAAAUUGAAGUUACUCUUGGUUAAGAAUUUUAAUGAUGUCACUUCAAAAUUAAAUGUUCAUUACAAACAUUUAACGUCCUCCAACCAAUCGUUACUUAAACCUAAAAAUUUUGCCGUCGGUGCUAAUUCGGGUGAGUCCUUACCAAAUGAAGAUAUAUUAUCUAAAAUCAUUUAUCGUAUGUCAAAUGCUGAUUCAAAUAACCAACCUUUAUUUGAUAUUAAAGAACAAAAUGGUUCUUUUAUUGCUCCAGUAGUGAGAGGGCUUAGUAAAGACCUUAACGUAUUGUGUCUUUAUUUUGGUUUCCCAAACCCGUCAGAUUAUCAUUAUAAGUUGACUAAAAAUUUAACUGAAUUAUAUGAUGACGUUCAUGUCUUGGUAAUGAAAAAUAAUAUUAGUUUGGCUACUUCAGUUCAAAGCUCGUUACCAAAUUUUAAUCAAGAACAACAACAUCAUCAUCAUCAAAAUUUAAAACAAAGCUCUACCCCUAGAUUUAAACUACCAUUUCGUAAUCCAAGUGAUAGCUUACACCCUCCGAUGUCACUUUCUCUUUCUGUUGAAACAAGUGCUCGUACUUCAGGUACAAUGGGUGGGUUUAUUUAUCCAAAAAUUGAUUUACAAAAACAACCAAAGUUAGCUUCUUAUGCUAAUUCAAAAUUUGCUAUUUCUUGUGGACAUGUUUGCCUUGAUAAAAAAGAAGAUAAUAUUGAAUAUCCUCACGUUUCUUCUCCGCUGGCGGUUUUGGUGAAUUUAUAUAAACAAGCUCUUAAAAAUCAAUAUCAAAAAUUUUCUUCAAAUGAUGAUAUUACCAUGAAAGAAGCUAGAAACGCUUAUGGGUCAGCUUUAAAUCAAUUAGAUGAUAAUUUCCCAUUAAGAAAAAUCAAAGUUCAUGAUUCGAAAUCAAAACAAGAUCGUUUUGAAAUAAGAAAUUUCCCAAAACAUAGAUUUGGUCAAAUAAUUUGGGGUGAAAGAACUUUAAUUAAUGCUAGAAAACUGAAGGAUGGUACUAAGCUUGAAGAAAAAAGAUUAUCAGAUUUAGCAAUCAUUAAAGUUAAUAAAGCUUUGAAUUGUGAUCUGAAUUUCUUGGGUGAUGAUAUCGCUUUUAACGAGUUCGAUCCUUCGCUAAUGUUCGAUAACUUGUAUGUUCGUAAAAUUGUUAACUUAAAUCGUACCCAAAGAGAGUUUAAUAUGGAUAAUUUAAAUGAUGUUGAUUCUUCUGUUUCUUCAUUUAAUUCUCAAACUAAUUAUGGUAUACCAGUAUUUAAAUAUGGUUCAACAACCAAAUUCACCCAAGGUAAUCUUAAUGGUAUUAAAAUGGUUUAUUGGCUAGAUGGAGCAAUCCAUUCUUCAGAAUUUGUGGUUAAUUCAAUUGAUAAAAAUAGUGCUUUUGCCGCAGGCGGUGAUUCCGGCUCUUGGAUUUUAUCAAAAUUAGAAGAUAUUCCAAGUGUAUCGGAGAAUAAAGGUUUAGGUGUACUUGGUAUGUUACAUUCUUAUGAUGGAGAGUUUAAACAAUUUGGUUUAUUUACCCCUAUGCAUGAAAUUUUGGAUCGUUUACAAGAAGUCACCAAAAUUGAAUGGGGGGUCGUUGGUGUAAAUGAAAAACACGACGAUGAAAGUAUCGCUAGUGUUGAUUCAGAUGAAGAUACUGGAUUUGCAAGUGGAAGUGAUGCUGGGGAUGAUGAUUAUGAAAGUGGUAUGGAGGAUUUUGAUGGCUCAAAUCCUCCAGACGUGGAUUAA